UCCUUAUCGUGUGACAUGUAGUAUGAAAGCGAACAAUAUACAUUAUGGACGAUUCUCAGAGCUCUGAUUUACUCUCAAAUAGCAUGGACUCGUGUAACAGUCCUCAAAAUAUGGGGUCGGUGCCGUAUGAUACUCUUCUGAAAAAAACUAAGAAUUCACUUGAUGAGUAUCUUCGGAAUGGAAUUCCAAAAACGUCGUUGUCUGCGCAUUUCAGUUCCCUACUUGAGGACUGCAAUACUUGCAUUUCCCAGAGUAUGGACAUCAUAAUUGGCCUUCUAGUGGACACUGAAGUCCACUACAGGACCUUGAUAGACUACAUGGAACAUGCAGUAUGCUUGCUGCAAAUGUUGUCAAACUUUAUCAAGACAAUUAUGGAAUCUGUGUCCCUGUCUUGUCACACAAUGAGCACUUUUCCGGUCAUGACUGGAAAUAUAGUUAUGGUUGUUUUUAAUCACUGUAAAGAUAGUGAGACACUUUACGGCAAACACUUGAAACAUGUUGAGAAGCAGUUGAAAGACUUGUUCCGUACUUGCCAUGAACUGCAACUGACGUACUUGAUGGUGAUGGAGAAACACUUUAUUUUUGAUCUGACAGAAAAAGAAGAGCAAGAUAUACUUAUGAAAGCAUUGGACAUCAAUUUGGCAAUUGGAGAAAUAGUGCAAACCCUUGAUGUGAAGACGAUGGCAGAACAAUGGAAGGCUUACACUGCCAUCUGUGAGAAAUAUUCCAAUUUCCUGAGCGACAAAGUUAUCUUUCAAGACUGUACGAAAAUUCUCUGUGCCAUGACAAUGAAUAACAUCACUACUGCCUUACAGCCAAAUCUUGAAGAUAAAAUAGUCCUAAGGUCAUUGAAAAUAGCAAGUUUCACAAUUAAAAUCAUCCUGAAACUUUGUGGCAUAUUCAAAUCGGCUUCAGGAAGAAAUUACACCAGCAUAAUGGAAUUAUUUGUUUUUAUUUACAAGCACAAUGGUCCUUACUUGGAACUGGUAAACAGGAAAUCACCUCAAUUCAUAAAUCAAAUGACUAUUCUAAUACAUAAUCCGUGUGAUCUCCUGCUAGCGCAGCUGAUUUGCGAUGACGUGUUCUCAGAAUGCUGUCUGCAUUUAAACACAGAAACACUGAGGAAGAAAGACGGAAUGAUUGGCUAUAUCAUCCUGCUAACUUCUGCAAUGGCAAGAGCUCUGGAUAAAAAUACUGCAGCAAAUGAAUUCAAACGGGAUGUCAUUCGUUGCUCAUUUAGUAUACUACCGAAAUGUCAUAUCUGGUUCAACAAAGGCCUCAAAUUCACAAAUACCAAGCACGCCAGCCGACCGUACGGUCUAUACGAGCACAUACUCAUUCACACCAUCGCUUUAGCUUCGACGUUGAGUUGCGAGCAAUAUACGGCGCUGGAGCGACUUAUGUAUGAGGCCCUGUUGGGUACUGAUUGUUGGAGCGCCUUGUUUGCUUCUGACUUGUGGGUUGCGUUGGCGAGAAACAAUCGCGAAUUGUUACAAACGCAAAUGAUCUUCCUCUGCAAAACUUAUAAAACAUUUGAAAACAAUCACUUAUUCUACCAUUCGCCUCAAAAAGUACAUUUGAGCUAUACUAUAGCCAGACUGUUCGAGCUAAUGGAAACCAGAGACAAAAUAAAGCUGUACGACAAUUUUAAUUUAGCUCUAUGGACACCUUUGCAAAUUAAAAACAUGCCGUCUGAAGUUCAGGAGAAAGCCGUUGAAGAUAUUAUUAAUGAGUUACUUACGAAAUUUGAGAACUUUCUUUCGUCAAAUAUACAGAGUGAAAAUGAGAUAAGGCAAAUGAGUAAGCUAAUGAAAGCUGCAUCUACAUGCAGAUUCGUUGAUGGAGAUGAAACCUUCGAAGACUAUGUAAUCAAAGUGUGGCUGAAAUCUUGCCCAAAGAACAGAAUAGUACUGAAUCAGAGUUAUUUGGAUACAAGUCAUAUGUGGUAUUUGGGGCAUUUGGAAGCACUGGUAGCUUUGACGAAAGCAAUGACACGACUGAAGAAAGAUGAUGGGGCCCUUGCUAAGAUUCUUCACGUCAUGGCAAAUAUAGCACAACUGGGCAAUACUGAACUAAACCUAGCGAUACUCGAUCUUCUUUGUCAAUUAGCGCUACAAACGUGCAACGAAGAUAAAAACGCCCUAGAAUCCCUAACAACUGAUGCCUUUAAAAGUAUUAUCCAAAAAAGCGACAAUGUGAUACACAAUUGUCUAUUAACACAUCUUCGAAAAUACACAGACCAUAAAAACUAUGAAUACGUGGUAGCACAAGUAUUUAGUUUAGAUGAUUCUUUGCAAGAAAUCUACAGCUCGUUCCUUCAAGGCACUACUCAUGAUAACGAACAGUGGAAUCAUUUGACAUCUGUAUACAGUACUUACACUCAUAAAUGUAUUGAAUCCCCUGUCGUGGAGUUACUAAGUUCAGGCUCGUCAAGAGAGAAAAGCAGUAACUUUGAAUUUGCCGAUAUCGAUUCUUUGUUUGGAGGUGAUGACCCCGAACCAGCCAGUAAGAAAGCUAAAUACACAAAUGAGGGCAGAUUGGGAGAGAUAGUAGCCCGUUUAGAGGCAGACUCGUUGCUGCUUUCCAGUGAAAAGGAGAAUGUUUUUAGUACUGAAGAGAUUUCUAGAAUAAGAAUUGUGAGUGAUAGACUGAGAAAUAUAAUUGAUUGAGACUUUUA